AUGGUGGUUAUCAAAGAAUCAGACCUUGCACAAGAGGAUCUGGAUGAAGGUUUGAUGGAAUGGAUAUCAGACCAUGAUGAGCAGCAAGAUGAAGAAGAUUUUGAACGAUUAGCAUCUGCAGAAGCAGCCAUCAAUCUUAGUACCGUAUUCCCAACAACGCUGAUUGUUACAGGGUUGCCUUUGGUAACAUCGGAAAAGUAUGAUAGGCUUCUAGAGAUCAUGCGUAAGAAACUGAAUAAGGAUUUUGAUAAAAAAGGGUAUAAUAUACAAAAAGAUUUCAAAAUUGACAUGCCGUGUGAUGAUGAUGGGAAUACACGUGGAGUAGCCUUUUUCACAUUUGCUAACAGAGCAGAGGCACUAAAGGCACAAAGCCAUAUCAAUAUGUCCAAAUUUGAUGCAUCGCAUACACUCAAAUCGGCAUUAAUUGAUGAUUUCGACCGUUUAGUAAGUGAUGAAAAUAAAUGUACGCCAGCAUUGAAUACAUUCGGAUUCACAAGACAGGAUCUAAGAACAUGGCUAUUCGAAAGUGACCGUAUGCUCGAUCAAUUUGUUAUCCGAUAUGGUGAAGAAACGGAAAUACAUUGGUUCGACCCACUAGAACGGGAACCUAUACUUUUAUACAAUGGUGAACGUGAACGAGCCCAAGGAAAGAGAGUUUGGACUGAUCAAAAGGUUGAAUGGAGUAGAAACGGUUCAUACCUUGUAUUCUAUAGAAGACCUGGUAUUGCAUUAUAUGGUGGACCUGAAUUCGAACUGAAAGUUAGGUUCGAACAUAGAAACGUACAAAAAGUAUGGUUCUCACCUGAUGAAGAAUAUAUGUUAACAUGGGAUGGUACUAGUGAUGCUGAUAAAAAUGAUAAUUGCGUAUGUGUAUGGCAUGUCAUUACAGGUGAAAAAUUAUGCACUUUCCCUGCAAAAGAAAUAUCAACCAUGGGAACAGAUACCCUAAGAUUCUUGUGGAACCAUAAUGGCAAGUAUAUCGCAAGACUUAACCCGUGUGAAGAAGGAAAUGAAAUACUUGUAUAUAAACUGCCAGAGAUGGAAUUAUUACCAGAUGGAGAUGGAAAACCAGCAUCUCUGAAGUAUUCCGCCGAAUGCUUCGAUUGGUCACCAACUGAUGACAUACUCUCCGUAGUUAUACCAGGGACACUGGAUACACCAGCGAGGCUAUUGUUAAUAGACAUACCGUCACGCCGUGAACUUAGUGCAAGAAAUGUAUACAAUGUAUGCAACUCCUCUAUGCACUGGCACCCGAGGGGAGAAUGUUUCUGCCUAAUGACAACCAUAUGUCGAAAGACGGGUAAAAAAGGAAGGAAACAGUUCUACCAAUUGGAUAUCUUCCGUCUAAGAGAAAAGUAUAUACCAGUGGACACCAUAAAGAUAGAAGAUGCAACCGUGAAGAAUCUAUAUUGGGAAGAAGGCGGCAACAAGAGGUUUGCACUAGUUGUGAAAGAUGAAGAAAUGAGCACAUGCUCAAUCAGAUUCUAUCGUGUGUCUGACGAAGGGACUACCAGGGAUACCGUUUGUGUAGCUACUUAUGAUUUGCAGUCACAAAUCAACCAUAUACAAUGGUCACCAAGCGGUAACUAUUUCAUACUCGCAGCAAUGUCAGGGGACGGUACACUACUCUUCUGCCUAUUGAACGAUAGCGACAAGGUGGAAGUGUUGUACAAGGAUGAGCAUUUCAUGAUGAAUUCUGUGAAAUGGAGCCCCUGCGGUCGGUACCUCGCAACAUCCGUCAACGUGCCAAUGCCAUCACAGCAUAUGGCGCCAAGCCAUGAUACUUUCAGGUACUCUGCCGAAGCGGGUUUCUGUAUUUGGACGUUCCAAGGGCGCAGGUUAUAUGUAUCGAGGCGUGAGAACUUCUACAGCUUUGAAUUCAGGCCAACACCUCCACCGAUGCUAGAGCCAGAGGUCAUUGACAAGAUCAAGAAGAACCUGAAGGAAUACAGCCGUCGAUAUGACAUAAUGGAUGAAAAGGCACGGGAAGAAUUCGAACAGCAGUACCUGGCUAAGCGCAAGGUGACUGAAGAUGCGUUCUUCAACCAAGCUAACAGACUUAUGGACUGGUUAAUUAAGCAGGUAUGUUAUACACUUCAUAUUGAUAAAUGUUGUAUAGGAUCGUUACCUUGA